UUCUGUUGUUAUUCCAUCCUUCCAACAGGUGGCGCUGGCUGGAGAUCUGCGCCCCGGUGCAGCAGCGUCAAUAUAAAUACAGCCCGGAAAACGUCGAUUCAGCAAAGAAAAGCAAGUGUACAUGCAAGUGAAACAGGCGUUGUGUUGGUUAAAAAAUUUAAAGAAUCGGAUCAUAGCUUUGAGUACAUCGAGAUCACAGCAACAUCUUUGGUAACCGCCUUCAAAAAGAGAUGCAGUGCCUGUCCAGAUCACAGAAACAGAGCCAGGUUUACAUGGGAUCCCACUGACACAGGAAAGGGUUGCACUUUUUGAAGAUCACUACAAGUCAACAUGUCUCAUCGAGGGCCUUUAACUGCUGUCAUAACAGCAGUAUUAGGGGCAACCUUAGGAGGGCUGCUCCUAUGGCAAGUGUACCGAACAAAAAGGAAGAGGCUGCCUUCCAUCCAGAAGGUGGCUGAUCCUGUGGAAGCUCCAUGUCCUGUGGAAGCUCCAUGUCUUGUGGAAAAGUUUACAGACUUGGAGUAUCAAUACACCCAACCGCCACAACUUUUGGAGAAAGAGUUUAAGGCUGUGGAGUGUCAGACCACACAACUGCCCCCUCCUGUCCAGAUACCGUCUUCUGAACAGCUGCUAGGGGUGAAACCAGUGAUGGUGAGCUCUGAAGAGGAAUGGCAGCAGCUUUGGCCACUGAUGCAAAAGGAAUUGUCAGUCUUCCCUGUGCUGGGGCUUGACUGUGAAUGGGUAAAGACCAAAGGCGUGUCUGUGAAAGGCCGAACCUCUGCAGUCUCCCUGUUACAGAUGGCCACAUAUUCAGGUCUCUGUGUCCUGGUGAGACUUCUGGCGUUUCGCAGCGGCCAGCAGCCAUUCCCUCUCAGUUUAAUGGAAGUCCUCCGAGACCCACACAUCUUGAAAGUUGGCAUCAGUUGCUAUGAAGAUGGCAAGCGUCUGACGCGUGACUAUGGUCUGUCGCUGACAUGUACAGUUGACCUGCGCUACCUUGCCUUAAGACAAAGGCUAGCUACAGUGAAUAAUGGUCUGAGUCUGAAGUCUCUGGCAGCAGAUCUAUUGAAGGUAUCUCUAGAUAAAUCUCUGGAGCUGCGCUGCAGUGACUGGGAGGCAGAUCAACUGACGCUGGAGCAGAUGACUUAUGCUGCCAGAGAUGCCCAAGUUUCCAUCGCUCUCUUCCUCCAUCUCCUCGGCCUCCACUCUGAAGCCGGCUCCGCCCCUUCCAGCGGGAGCUCUUACUCUGAGUUGGCUGCCCGCUGCCAAGGCCUGGUGGACGUGCCCUUCAAGGGCCGAGGAGAGGGAGACGACAGGGCCUCUGACGGAGAGAGGAGGCGGAGGACGCGGAAACCGCCCACUUAUGAAAGCCCACCCACUUAUGAAAGCCCGGAGUCUGGAGAUCAGCAAGUCCCAGACCCUCGAAAGAAUAACAAGAGGAAACCGCUGGGUGUGGGCUAUUCUGCCAGGAAGUCUCCUCUCUAUGAUAACUGCUUCCUCCAUGCUCCAGAUGGCCAGCCUCUGUGUACCUGCGACAAGAAGAAAGCCAAAUGGUACCUAGAUAAAGGAAUAGGAGUGCUCCAGAGUGAAGAUCCUUUUGUUGUGAGGCUGCUGUUUGAGCCGUCAGGACGUCCUGACUCCCAACAGGACUACUAUCUCACUGCUAAGGAGAAUCUCUGUGUGGUCUGCGGCAAAGCAGAUUCCUACAUCAGGAAAAACAUUGUGCCACAUGAGUACAGACGUCAUUUUCCUAACGAGAUGAAGGACCACAACUCCCAUGACAUCCUGCUGCUCUGCACCAGCUGUCAUGCCGCCUCCAAUGUGCAUGACAGCUUCCUGAAGCAGCAGCUAGCUGAAAAGUUCGCCGCCCCUCAGGGCUGCGAGGACGGAGUUCGCCUGCUGGAGGACUCGGACCGACGGCGGGUACGUUCGGCAGCUCGGGCUCUGCUCACCGCCGGGGAAGGACUGCCGGAGCAGCGACGAGAGGAGCUGCAAGCUUUGAUCAAGAGCUUCCUCGACAUGAAAGAGGAACAGGAGCUGACGGACGAGGCGCUGCAGCAGGCUGCCGGUUUGGAGACGAGGAUUUUCAAUGAGGCGUACGUGCCUCACGGUCUGAAGGUGGUGCGAGCCCAUGCCGAGCAGGGCCUGCAGGGCCUGAUGGACCUGGAGCGUCGCUGGAGGCAGCAUUUCCUCACCACCAUGCAGCCCAGCCACCUCCCUCCUCUCUGGUCCGUCGACCACAACCACAGCAAGUUCCUCCGCAAAUAUGGAGAGGACCUGCCCAUCAAUCUAAACUGACUGUCAGUCUCCGCAAGGACCACAACCAGGACCAGGACAGACAGCUGAAUUUUCUCAUCUGCUGGUCAAAGUGCCGGUUGGAUUUGAAACUUCCACAGCCACUCUGUCUAUUUUACAAGCCAAAUUGCUUAUUUUUAGCAAGCUGAUGAAUGAACUAAUCUACCAGCUGGGACCCAAAUGUUACCACUCUGAUGUUAACAAGGCCAUGAUGAGUGUGUGAGUCAAUACAUUCAAUCUGCGAUGGACGACGUUUAACUUUAUUUCUGGUGACACGUACCUGAGUGCCAGUGAGAUGCUGCUAGGCUGCCACCUGGAUCCUGAAUGAACUAAAUGGACUUAAGCAGAGACUCCACUUGUGGAGAAGAUAUCAAGCACUGAAUCUGAAAAACACUAACUCCACAAUGCCAUGGUGGGCAAAUGGCCACUUUUUUAUCAUGAAAAAUAUAGAAAUAUUUAUGAAGAAAAUUAAAAGAUGAAAUUUAACUGAUUUUGUAGAAAAAGCUGCACCUGCUCUUAAUGUCCCCAUAAAUUUAACUAACACCCCUGCUUCCCCCCUGCAGGUUAGCAGCUUUUACCUCCUAUCAGUCUGAGAUUAAAUGACUUGCUUUGCAGAGGAGAGGGUCAUUUUUAAUAUGUCCUUAAAUUAUCUGGCGCUCCACCCUGCUUUUGUUUUCAGUCUGUUGUCUGUUUUAAGUCAAUAGAUGAAGGAUGAGUUUCCCAGAAGCAUCUUGAAAUCAAAUUUAAUUUAAAAGUUGAGUUUGGUCAGGUGCCUUUGGGCCUGAAUAUGUUCCAUCUCAAGAAUUUUUUGCAGGUGGAGACAAAUACUAACCACAGUAAAGUUGGCUGGUUUAGUUGAUCAUUUAAACUCCUGAUGUUUAUGUCCUGCUGCUGAUUCUCCCGAUGGUUGGGACACCUCCAUGGCUCAUGUUUUAAUGUGCCUCUUAAUCCCCAAACCUGCCUGGAGACUUGUCAGCAUCAAGACAUGACCUCGUUUCAGUUUACAGCUGUUUCACAGAAUCCAAACUACACAGUCAAGAAAAGGUGCCAACUCUAAUGUGAUUUUGAAAAUUACCUUAAAACUAAACCCCCCUUUGCAAGGCAGAUUUAUCUUUUGAGCGUGAUGAAUUUAUUUACAAUACAGCUGCUUAGUCUUUAUUCGUAUUUUCCUCGAUGUAAGCCCUGAAGCGGUUUUGUUUUCAUAAAUUGUGAAUGAUACAAAAAAUAAAAGUCAUGUUUAUAUUAA